AUGUCAGUCUGUCGGGCCGCGUUUGUGCUCCUGUGCGCGGUGCUGGCGGUGACUCGGGCUCGCAGGAGUUCACCGGAGCAGGAGGACGUGCAGGAGAAAAUCAGCAGCGCGAGAUGCACGUCCAGGUGCCUCACUCUGCAUAUGACUCAGCUGACGACUGCCUUCAGACACCUCCAGAGUGACCAAGUUCUGGUUUGGUGUGAAAACCACAGACGCUGUGCGCAGUGCCUCCAGCCAUGCAAAGAACUGUGGGAAACCAGGAAGGUGCUUUCUCCAAAGUCCUGUGAGAAGCAGACCGAGUGUGUGACGAGCAGGGAGUUUCUGACCUCUCUGAGGUCGUCUCGUCAGGGGGACUGCCCUCCGCCUCAGCGAGCCACCGGAUUCGCUGCAGCCUGUGUGGAGAGCUGCUCAUUAGACCAGCAUUGUCCUUCCCCCAGGAAAUGCUGCUCUAAUAGCUGUGGACACACUUGCCAAGCCCCAGCCAAUUUAUAUAAAGGUGUUCCUCUGAAGCCUCGCAGAGAGAUGAGCUUCGUGGAGGAUUCAGAGGGUCGCGUGAAGGUAGUGUGGGUGUCAAAGUUCAAUGUCAGCGUGGAGCCGGUCGUUUACAUGCUGCAGUCCCGCUGGAACAUCGGGAUUCAUCCAAGUGAAGACCAUGCCUCUCCUUGGACUACUGUUGCCAUGACGCUUUCUGAAGAUGUGGUUCUGUCAGAUUUGAGGCCUCAGCGUUGGUACCAGUUCAGAGUAGCAGCCAUGAACAGCCACGGCAGCAGAGGCUUCACCACACCCAGCAAACACCACAUCUCCAGUAAAGACCCUUCACCUCCAGAACCUCCAAUAAGUGUCAGAGUGAGCAACCAAACUCUAGACUGGACGGCUUCAAAACCCGGCACCCAGCUCACAGAGAGGUCGGGGGGCAGUGGGGUCACAGUGGCGGUGUUUUUAAGAUGGGAGCCCCCCAGAGAGGGAGACCUGCCAGUCCACAACUACAGAAUCACCUGGAUGUCUCGACAUGCACACACAGCGCACAAGCACACACACACGCUGCAUACACACACGCACACAGUGCACAAUAAUAUGCACACACGAGCUACACACUCACGCACACCAGAACAGGGUAAAAAGGAAAGCAACAGCAGAGUGACUCAAGGGGCACAGUGUGAGCUGUGGCUGCCGGGUUUACUGCCUGCUACUUCCUACUUCCUGUCUGUCCAGACGGUGGCCUACUGGGGUCAGAAGAGGUUGAAAAGUCCCAGAGCCCAAAUUGUCUUCACCACCAUAACUCAUACAGGUGAAGACUUCUCUAACGAGCUUCCGUCUUCCUCAUCUUCCUCAUCUUCCUCAUCUCUUCCCUCCUCUCCUUCCCUCUCAUCCUCCUCCCCUUCUUCCGCUGACCUCCCCCUUUCCUCCUCUCUGCCUCACCCUGAAUCCCCCCUUAACCCUGUCACCCCUGGCAACCUGCGUCUUGAGGUUGCUGCGCCUCAUUACCAUGACGACCAGCUGCAGGUCAAGGUGUUCUGGAAGUGGCCUCACCAGGGCCGGCAGAGACAUCCUGGUCCAUACAUCUUGCGCUGGCGUCCACAUACUUGCAGUACUAAUGUGACAAGCACAGAGAAAACAACAACUGUGCAGAGCACCCAUCACACCAUCACAGGCUUGCUGUUUGCCUGUAAGUACCGGGUCUCCGUGGUGAUGAAGCCUGACCAAGGGUCAGAGGCUGUUGCCUGGGUUACAACCCCGACUUGCUCCUCCAUCAGGGUCAGAGGAGGCAAAGCUUUGAGCUGCAACACUGAGGAGCGCCUCCUGGCAGGCAGAAAGGUGGUACUGCGUCCAGAACGACUAUCGGCAGACUUUCAACAACUUAAUGGCACCCUGCUCAUGAAUCUUCGCUGGAGGAUAUCCCAUCAUGCACCGGGCCUGGCAGCUGUGGAGGGGUUCCAAUUCACUUGGACACUGCAAUCAGGGGUUACCAUGGCAACGGAAGGGCAUGAAGACACACUUAUCUCCCAGACACAGACAAUUGCACCGUCUCAGCGGUUGGUGACAGUUUCUGGUCUUCAGGCUGACAGUGUUUACCAGCUGCAGCUCCAGGUGCUAACAGCAGAGGGCAGCAACGGCGCCUCAGUCUCCAAGACCAUACAUACUCCAGCUAUCAAUGCCUCCCUUUGA